AUGUCUCAGCAUCAGUACGCCUACCCGGCUACUGCUCCCGCACCCAGAGCAUACUCGGGCCAUGGCACUAGUAGCGCUUUUAGCAGCUCUGCCAACCCCGACGAAGACUGGACCAAGAUCUCCGACCUUGCUGAGCGCCGGAGGAUCCAGAACCGCAUUGCCCAGCGCAACUACCGCAAGAAGCUCAAGAGACGCCUGGAGGACCUCGAGAGACGUGCUGGCCAGGAAGGCACAGCUACCGCCGAGAAGCCCGCUCAAACAAAGGCGUCCAAGAAGCCUGCGAGCAAGACACAAAAGACACCAGCGCCGACCAAGACUAUGAACCAGGGCCAGUUCACGCCACCCAUGCAUGACGACGAGGUUUUCUUCCAACACUACGAGGAUGGUCGUGAGAGAUCCAAUACUCCUCCGUUCCUUGCAUACUCUACCUAUCCCCCACCCGAAGAGAUGAUCAUGGCUCCCACAUACACUACGCAACCGUACCCCAUGACCACCGCCGAGGCGUACCCUGGAUAUCUCACAGCAGCAGUGCCGGUGACGUUGCCACCCAUGAAUCACUUCAACGAUGCCAUCAAGCGCGAAUCAUACCCAAGCGACGAUGGUCUUUCUCCCUACAUGAACUACGGCUACAUGCCCGGUAUCGACAUGCACGCGCCCGGCUCCUACGACCCUGCGAACCCUCAUACUCCUCCGCUCUCGCACUCUUUCGAUCACUCGGCGAACUGCUCCGACGCUAGUUACGAGUAUCCCACAACACCAUUAUCAAUGCCAGGAUCUCCCGGUAUGAUCCAGCAAUAG